GUUCAAAACACGUUGUGGUCAUCGACAGAACACAAUCCGUAAAACGCGCUCUAUAAAAUCAAUAUAAAUGCAAAAAUUAAACUGAAAUCUAUAUAAAACAAAAACAACGAUUAAAACGCAAAUCUUUAAACUGAAAAUCGCUAAAUUUGAAAUACACUUACAAUAACAACAACAAACAAAUAAACAUUGUUGUUGUUGCGCAUGAAAAAACGUUUCAGCGCGUAUUAAGCCAUUGAUAAGCGAGGAGCAAUAACACGAGACCAAUAAACCCCAUCCGCAGCGAUUGUUGUAAAAAUAGCUUGUGACAAGUAGAAAAUUUGUUACACAAAAACAAAAAGCAAGCAAGCCGAGAUCAAAAUCAUAAACUGUAAUCGCAUAAUAAUUGUAUUAAUUUCAAAGUUGAAAUUUCGACUUCGACAAGUCAGAGAGCCAUCCACGCUUAACGAUGAGGCAGCAAAGUAAUCUACUGAAACUAACCACGGCUUUAGCGAUUGUGGCCUAUGUUGUAACGACCACGUACGCCAUCUCGAGUACAUGGGGCAACAUCUCGAAUUCGGCGCAAUUGUUGCAUGUGGAGAACGUCUUCAAUGCGUCGUCGCCUGGAAAAUAUGUGAAUCGUGAAAUUAAAUUUCCCAAAAAUGGCAUCGGCAAUGGACGCAUUAUCACCGGCAUCAGCGCCUUCGAUCAGGUGACAAAUGGCACCGGUGGACAUGCCACCAUCUACUCGGGCGGACCGGGCUUUAAUAAUGUCACCAUCAAAUUGCAAUCACAAUACAAUUAUGGACUAAUAUUUCGUGUGGAAAUCUAUGGCAAAUAAGCAAUAACAAUAACAAAUACAUUCGAAUACAAAUUCACCAACUUAAUUACUUUAUUUAGUAAAUAGUUGUUGUUGUUGAUUUUUUUUGUAAACUUGCUUGUUUGUGAUCAUUAGUUAGCGUACUUAUUACUUCGUAGAACUAAGCAAAAUAAGCAAAAUACACAAACAACUCCAGAGAAAUGAAAUGAAAUGGAAGCAAACAAACCCAAAGAGCACAAGAAAUUAAUGACUUAUGUCUUUUAAUAUUAAACUUUUUAGAUAAGAAAUUAAACACGUAUGUAGUAGUACAAUAUGUAUGUGUGUAUAUAAUGAAAAUAAAAGAAAUAAAUAUAAAUAUUAAAUAAGAAUAUGUCGGAUGGAAAAUAUGUUUCUUGAAGAGAUUUAUGCAUUCUAUGAAUUUAUGAAUGUGCUGGGAAAUGUAUUUUAUGUUUGUUGUUGUUGUAAUAUUAAAAAUAAUUUCUUCAAUAAUUUAUGGAAUGCUGUCAAGGUGACAAUCAUAGGCCGGUUCGAAGGCAGGACACAUAAGUCGGCAUGUUUCGGAGACUCGUGGAGACUUAGUAAUUAAAAAAAGAAAAACAAGCCCUACAAUUUAAAAGAGAGAGAGAGAGAGAGAGAGAGAGAGAGAAAUAGAGAGGAAGAGAAAUGAAAAACAAGUAUUGAAGGGCUACAUAAUGACAAAUCUAAUUUGGUUUAAAUCGUUCAAGUAGUCUCUGAGGUAUAAAAUUUAAAUUAUAAGUCGGCAAUACCUCAUCCAACGUCUAUUUCUUGAACAGAUCUUCAUGGUUUCAAAUAAAACCCUUGUAUGAGGGGUUAGCGUAUGAGAACUUCUCUUCAUUUAUUUUAAUAAGUCAUAUAAUGAAUCGAAAAAAAGUUCCAUAACUAACCAUAUAUGUAUUUAGUAUAUAACGGGAAACUUAUUGUCAACUGAUUUUUUGCUGAAACAAAGUUCAAAGAGAACGUUAUCAUAAUAAGAAACACCGUUGAACUUUCACGCUUUGUGCUUCGUGAUGUCAAGUUUGAACAACAACAACAACAAUUUUGAAUUAAAACGGUUCUUUUUCUUGCUCAGGUUGUGCAAAUAAUAACUCUUUUUCAUAAAUAAUUUGUUUUCAUUUUCAUAUAUUUACAACAACAAAGCAAGUUUACAUUAAAAUAAUCACAGAAUUGUUUUCAUAUUUCAGCACUACAGUUUUUGUUUAAACAAGUGCAAUAUUUUUUUAUUUUCAUAAAUAAGUUCGCUUUCCAUACAACAAAAUCUCUUCCGUCUCUUCAACACCACACGCUGCGCGCUUAAUUGCCGAAAACCUCAACGGUAUAGUUCAAGCCAUGAUUGCGUGCGGAUUUGAUGUGCAAUGUCACAUUGCGAAAACCGGGACCACCUUUGCG